AUGUUGUUGAUUCCAUCUCUUGUCAACAAUUUCAAUUUGGCUAUGGCGUAUCAAUCCAGCGAAAAAGACAUCACAGAUGAUUUUAAAAUGCAAAGGAUCGGGAACUUUCUCAGUUGUGCUUCGAGAGGUGAUAGGGUUGGGCUUAAUAUGAUGUUGAGAGAGGGCAUUUCUCCUAAUGUGCAGGAUUAUGAUAACAGAACUGCUCUUCAUCUUGCUGCCAGUGAAGGUCAUGCUUCGAUUGUAGAGCUUCUUCUACACUACAAGGCCGAUGUUAAUCUCGAUGAUAGAUGGCACAGAACUCCUUUGACAGAUGCAAGAUUAUAUGGACAUCGAGAUAUUUGCAGGAUUCUCGAGGUGAAUGGAGGAAAGGACUCUAUAAUGAAUAGCCCAAUGACAGUUCGUUAUGAAGAAGAUGCAAAAGAAGUGAACAUUGAAAUAUCCGAGAUAAACUCCGAGAAUUCAGAAGAUAUCGAACAGGGUGUAUUUGGUAAAUCUAAAAAGGUGAAGUGGAGGGGAACGUGGGUUGUCAAAACAAAAAUCAAAAGACAGAUAGAUUUUCCAGUCAAAAUGGUUUUGUCUGCUAAUGAUAAUACACGAUUAAGGGAACUUCGUCAUCCAAACAUUUUGCAGUUUCUUGGUUCUAUUAAGCAUGAUGGAAAAAUGAUAUUAAUAACAGAAUAUUUGUCAAGAGGAAGCUUAGAUGAUAUUUUGAAAAAAAAGAUUGGACUUGAUCUACACCUUGCUUUGCGUUUUGCACUUGAUAUUGCUAGGGGGAUGAAUUAUCUUCAUCAUCACAAGCCUUGCCCUAUUAUCCACAAUCAUCUCGAUCCUAAAAACUUAUUACAAGAUGAAGGUGGUCAUUUAAAGAUUGGUGAAUAUUGGGUACAAAUGUUGUAUGAGCUACAUCCAAAUCAAGAAAUCAACAAGCACCUAAUCAAUAAAGGAAGAGACAUCCAGUCAUUUGGACUCAUACUCUACCAAAUGGUUGAAGCAAAGUACAUACCCGACAUGAUACAUCUCAAAUCUCUUGAUUUCCAAAUGACAUUCAAUACUAAAUGUCCUGCAAGAAUUCAACAGCUGAUAAAACAAUGUACAAGUAAUGUACGUUGUCGCCCAGGGUUUAGUUAUAUCAUUGACACGCUAGAAGAAGUUUAUUCGACUUUAGGAAAGCCUUCUUGUAUAUGGUGAGCAUAAUGAAAAGAUGUUGCAAUGUUG